AGUAAAAUCUUCUAAACCUUAUACGACAAAACUGCAACCUGCGACUAUUACUAGUUUCCAAACAUGAACUACUACUCCCCCGCCGCUCUCACCUCCGAUCAAGAACUCUCCGCCAUCGUUGCUGCUUUAACCAACGUAGUCUCCGGCUCCACCUCCACCGCGUAUUCCAUACCUGAAUUUUCCCCCACGGAUUCCACUGUCGGAAGCAGCAGCAGCAGCUUAGAACGAAUAGUGCCGGCAGUGAACAUAGUUUCUUGCCGGGAAUGCAACAUAGCAGGAUGUUUAGGAUGCAAUUUCUUCCCUGAAGAGAAAAAACAAAAACAAAAACAAAAAAGAGCUAAGAAGAAGUACAGAGGAGUGAGGCAGAGGCCAUGGGGAAAAUGGGCUGCUGAGAUUCGUGACCCUAGACGUGCGGUCCGUGUUUGGCUUGGAACCUUUACCACGGCGGAGGAAGCUGCCAGAGCUUACGACAAUGCUGCUAUUGAGUUCCGUGGGCCAAGGGCCAAGCUCAAUUUUCCAGUCGUUGAUGAAUCGCUUAAGAACGUGGUGGAUCCAGAAGUGGUUGUCCCUUUGGAGGAUAUAAAGGACGAGAAUAUGAAUCAAGAAAUACAAAUUGAGACAACUAUGGGAUUUGAGAGUAAUAAGAAUUGUGAUUUUUGGGAUAGUAUCGGAGAAGCUGAUUUUCAACAACUAAUGAGGUUUAUGGAUUUUGAUAGAGAUUCUUCUGACUCAAGAACAUGGAACACUUUUAGUUCUUGAAUUCAAUAACAAGUCAAGAGUUUUUUUUAGCUAGUGUGUUUAAUUAGUUAUUCAUUAAUGUGCAUAAUCUUUCUUCCACUAGCUGCCUUAUCACCUAUGAAGUGAUAAUUCAUGGUUUAGUUUUGAUAACUUGUUUGUCACACAAGGUAGUUAGAAGUUUGUUAAAGUUGUUGAGAUUUUAGCUAGUUAAUUUUUGUUUGUAUAUAAGUACAUUGAACUUUGUUCUUCAUCUAUGAGUUCCUUAACUCUACUCCUAAGAGUGUUGAGUACAGUGUUUUAGGGUUUUCAAGCUACUAUACUAAGAAGUGCAUAAAAUAAAGAUAGAGGCAAAAAGACACGGGGGAUACAAUACAAUGCUUAAAGUAACUUGUUUGAUUGA